AUGACCAACAUGAGCUGGAGUUUUCUCACCCGUCUGCUAGAAGAAAUUCACAAUCACUCCACUUUUGUGGGGAAGGUCUGGCUCACCGUGCUGAUCGUCUUCCGUAUCGUCCUGACGGCUGUCGGAGGGGAGUCCAUAUACUCAGAUGAACAGAGCAAAUUCACAUGUAACACCAAGCAGCCAGGCUGUGACAAUGUCUGCUACGAUGCCUUCGCACCACUAUCACAUGUCAGGUUCUGGGUCUUCCAGAUCAUCAUGAUCUCAACCCCUUCCAUCAUGUACCUGGGCUAUGCCAUCCACAGGAUCGCUAGGUCCUCCGAGGAGGAGAAGAGGCUUAAGGUACUCAAGAAGAAGAAGAAGCAGUUUGCUUUGAACUGGCAGGCUGUCCGUAACUUGGAAGACCCUUUGGAAGCAGACGAAGAGGAGCCCAUGAUCUCCGAUAACACGGUGGAAAAUGAGGAGAAAGCCAAAGCAAAUAAGAAGAGCAAGGAGCAGCAGAAGCACGACGGGAGGAAACGCAUCCAGCAAGAAGGGCUGAUGAAGAUUUACGUCUUCCAGCUCAUUGCCAGAGCUUCAUUUGAAGUUUGUUUCUUGGUUGGGCAGUAUUUUCUCUAUGGCUUUGAGGUGGAAGCAUAUUUCGUCUGCAGCAGAGCCCCUUGCCCUCACACCGUGGACUGCUUUGUGUCAAGGCCAACAGAGAAGACCAUCUUCCUCCUGGUGAUGUAUGUUGUGAGCUGCCUGUGUCUGUUGCUCAACAUGUGUGAAAUGUUCCACUUGGGGUUUGGGACCAUUAGAGAUGCCAUUCGCAACAGAAAGAUUAAUAGUUUCAGGCAGCCUCCAUACAACUAUUCCUACUCGAAGAAUAUCUCCUGCCCUCCCGAGUAUAACCUGGUCGUGAAAUCGGAGAAGCCCGCAAAGGUCCCAAAUAGCUUGUUGGCCCAUGAGCAGAACUUGGCUAACGUUGCUCAAGAACAACAGUGCACAAGCCCAGAUGAGAACAUCCCGCCAGAUCUGUCCACCCUUCAUAAACACUUGAGGGUGGCCCAGGAGCAGUUAGACAUAGCAUUCCAGAGCUACAAUGCCACUCAGGCCAACAUGCAGCCUUCCAGAACCAGUAGCCCACCUUCAGGUGGGACUGUGGUAGAACAGAACAGGGUCAAUACUGCCCAUGAGAAACAAGGCGCUAAGCCCAAAGCCAGUUCAGAAAAAGGUAGUUCUAGCAGCAAAGAUGGAAAGACUUCUGUAUGGAUAUAA